AUGGCAGACAAUCCAACCCCUAGAGAUGUCAAGCUUUUGCACUUGAUUCUCGCCUCCAUGGGUGUCACGUCGUACCAAGAUGCAGUCCCGCUCCAGCUCAUGGACUUUGCGUACCGCUACACCCUAGGCGUGUUGAACGAUGCUCUCUUAUACAACGACUACGCCAACGCUAAUGGAGGCCAACUGCCCGCUGGCGUAGGCGCCUCUUCAGCAUCACUUACCGUGGAUGACAUUCGUCUCGCUGUAGCCGCUCGCGUUCAGAAUCAAUUCAAGCCGGCGGCACCCAAAGAAAUGCUUCUGGAGCUGGCUCUGGAGCGCAAUAGAAAACCGCUGCCUGCCGUGGGACAAACGUAUGGAUUAAGGCUUCCGCCGGAGAAGUACUGCUUGACUGGCUACGAUAAGGACAUUGACGAGUCAGAGGACGUGGUUGUUCCUGGAUUCGAGCCCAUGAAUGUAGACACCGGCUCUACUGAGCAGACCAGAGAAAGCACAGGGGAAGACCAGGAAACAAAAGAGGAAGAGGAGGCUAAUGACGUAGACUUGGAGGGAGAAGCUAUGAACCAAGAUGAUUAA